UGAGCCCGAGGGGGGCAAGAUUAGGGAGGUGAGCGUGACUCAGGCGUCGGCGCCUCACACCCCGGGCAGCCGCAGAGAGAGCGCCAGGGGCGUCGGAGCCACCCCAGGGAGCCCGGGUUAUGGUGGCACCGGGCUGAGCGCCGGGACGCGCCGAGGCGGCAGCGGGGGCCGAGCCCGGAGCCAUGGAGGGGCCUGGCCAGGAGGCCUACGAGGAGGGGAUGAGGAGGAGCCUGGACCCCGAAGGCUACGAGGACCCCGGCCUGAAGAGCUCCCACCUGUCCCUGGGCGAGAUGAGCAGGCCCGGCGCUGCCAUCGGGUCCCCCCUGCAGGCGUGGAGGGCCAGGGCCGAGGAGAUGAAUCCCCUGCGCCAGUAUCUGCCCGGCCGCCGGGGAUUUUAUGACCUGGACGGGAAGAGGCGCUCGGCCGGGGCCCCCCCGGGACACCCCAGCCGUGGCGAAGGGCAGCCUGUGUCAGUGACCGAUGUGGACCCGGAGGCAGCAGGGAGCAGGAGGCUCCUGUCCCAGCAGGACACCCAUGAGGGCUACGUGGAGCUGCACGAGCUGGUCCUGGACAAUGCCAAGGACUUGUGCUGGAUGGAGGCUGGCCACUGGCUCAAGCUGGAGGAAGACUUCCAGGAAUCAGGGGACUGGAGCCAGCCCCAUCUCUCCUUCCUGACCUACCACAGCCUCCUGGAGAUCCGCCGGGCUUUGAGCAAAGGUGCCAUUCUCCUCAACGUGGAGGCCAACUCGCUGCCGGCCAUCGUGCACAUCCUCCUCGACCAGCUGAUCUAUGAGGGGCAGAUGAAGCCGCAGGACCGCGACGACGUCAUGAGGACGCUGCUCCUGCGCCACAGCCACCCCACCGAGGAUGAGUCGGUGUGGACGAUGCCGCCGGCGCUGGUGCAGCGCUCGGGCAGCAGCCGCGCCGACGUGGAGCGGCCACUCCUGCGGGAGCAGCGGCCCCUGGAGAUGAGCAGGAUGGCAGGGAAGGAGCAGAGCGGGGUCCCCAGACCCCAACUGCUGGAGACGAUCCCAGAGGGAGCUGAGGCCACGCUGGUCCUUGUGGGCUGUGCAGCCUUCCUGGAGCAGCCAAUGCUGGCCUUUGUGCGCCUGAAGGACGCGGUGACGCUGGACGGCGUCCUCGACGUGUCCAUCCCCGUCCGCUUCCUCGCCGUGGUGCUGGGGCCCGACUCCCCCCAGAUCAGCUACCACGAGAUCGGCCGCGCCAUCGCCACCAUGAUGUCCGAGAGGGUGUUCCGCCGGGACGCCUACCUGGCCGAGGGCCGGCAGGAGCUGCUGCGGGGCGUGGAGGAUUUCCUGGACGCCAGCAUCGUCCUGCCGCCCACCGAGGCCCCCAGCGAGCAGCUGCUCGGCGCCCUGGUGCCGCUGCAGCGGGAGCUGCUCCGGCGGCGCUACCAGCCCCUGGAGAGGCUGCACAUCGGGGACUUCCUGAAGGAUCUGGGUACGGCGGGCACCACCCCCGCAAUCCCCCGUCCCCGCGGCUGCCAGGACCCCCCCUUGGGACACGGGGUCCCCUCAUGGCCGCCUGGUGUGUCCCCAGGGCCGGACGAGGCGGCUGCGGAGGAUGAUGACCCGCUGCGCAGGACGGGGCGGCCUUUUGGGGGGCUGGUGCGGGACAUCCGCCGCCGGUACCCCAAAUACCUCAGCGACAUCAAGGACGCCCUCAACCCCCAGUGCCUGGCCGCCGUCAUCUUCAUCUACUUCGCGGCGCUGUCACCCGCCAUCACCUUCGGAGGCUUGCUGGGUGAGAAGACCAAGGGGAUGAUGGGGGUGUCGGAGCUGCUCAUCUCCACCUGCGUGCAGUGCGUGCUCUUCAGCCUCCUCAGCGCCCAGCCCCUCCUCGUCGUCGGCUUCUCGGGACCCCUCCUGGUCUUUGAGGAAGCCUUUUACUCGUUCUGCAGCAGCAAUGGCCUGGAGUACAUCGUGGGACGGGUGUGGAUCGGCUUCUGGCUGAUCCUGCUGGUGCUGGUGGUGGUGGCCUGCGAGGGCAGCUUCCUGGUGCGCUACCUGUCCCGCUACACCCAGGAGAUCUUCUCCUUCCUCAUCUCCCUCAUCUUCAUCUUCGAGACCUUCUCCAAGCUGGUCACGAUUUUCAAGCACCACCCCCUGAAGCGGGAGUACAACGUGCAGCCCGAGGUGCAGCCCGGGGUGCCCGAGCCCAACACGGCGCUGCUGUCCCUCGUCCUCAUGGCCGGCACCUUCUUCCUGGCCUUCUUCCUCCGCGUCUUCAAGAACAGCUCCUUCCUGCCUGGCAAGGUCCGGCGCCUGAUCGGGGACUUCGGGGUGCCCAUUUCCAUCUUCAUCAUGGCCCUGGCCGACUUCUUCAUCAACGACACCUACACGCAGAAACUCAGCGUCCCCAGAGGGCUGCAGGUCACCAACGCCACCGCCCGGGGCUGGUUCAUCCACCCCAUGGGGGACACUGCCCCCUUCCCCAUCUGGAUGAUGUUUGCCUCCGUGAUUCCCGCCCUGCUGGUCUUCAUCCUCAUCUUCCUCGAGACACAGAUCACCACCCUCAUCGUCAGCAAGCCCGAGAGGAAACUGGUGAAGGGCACCGGCUUCCACCUGGACCUGCUGCUGAUCGUGGCCAUGGGGGGGCUGGCAGCCCUUUUUGGGAUGCCCUGGCUCAGUGCCACCACCGUGCGCACCAUCACCCACGCCAACGCCCUCACUGUCAUGAGCAAGACCUCUGCCCCGGGCGAGAAAUCCCAGAUCCUGGAGGUCAAGGAGCAGCGCAUCAGCGGCCUGCUGGUGGCUGUGCUCAUUGGUGUCUCCAUCCUGAUGGAGCCCAUCCUGAAGUACAUCCCCCUGGCCGUGCUCUUCGGCAUCUUCCUCUACAUGGGGGUCACCUCCCUCUUUGGCAUCCAGCUCUUUGACCGCAUCCUGCUCCUGCUGAAGCCCCCCAAGUACCACCCCGACGAGCCCUACGUCACCCGGGUGAAGACUUGGAGGAUGCACCUCUUCACCUUCACCCAGAUCAUCUUCCUGGUGGUGCUGUGGGUGGUGAAGUCCACCCCGGCCUCGCUGGCUCUGCCCUUUGUCCUCAUCCUCACCGUGCCCCUGCGGCGCUUCCUGCUCCCCAGGAUCUUCCGGGACAUCGAGCUCAAAUGUCUGGACGCGGAUGACGCCGUGGUGACCUUUGAAGAGGCAGAGGGGACAGAUGUGUACAACGAGGUGCAGAUGCCCAGCUAAGGGCCGGGCCCCCGCCCCCCCCCCCCCCCCCCCCCAUCCCUGUCCC